UGUGCUUCGUGGGGGGAGGGAUUUCGUCGUGGGGAGGGGGGGCAUUUUUUUGAAAAGGGAGGAGAUUUUAAUCUCCCUGGAAACGUACCGCACCGAGCGCCUUGACGACCUGGCCUUGCUAAUCCAAAAAACAUUCCGUUGCUAUAGAAUCCGGAAAAAAUUCGUUGCCAUGACAACGGCGCAGAUUUUAAUCGCUAAGUUUUGGCGGAAAUAUUUGAAAUCGAGAAAAGUGCGGAAAAUUAGGGAAUUAAAAUUGAUGCGGAAAUCUGUAAAUGCGAUCCAAAGGUGUUACAUUCAGUGGAAGCGACUCUUGUACCUCCGCCAAUUAACCACAGAGGUUACGCGAUUAACGUCACCAGUGAGCAAAAGCUGGCCGCACGUGCCCUCGUAUUUGCAAGAGACCAACUCGCUCCUUAAGAUUCUCUUUCAUCGGUGGAGGUGCCGCCAGUACCGCCGUUGCCUUGACAACCACCCGUCGGACCGGCUCCGGCUCAAUGAAAAAUCCACGGCGAGCGAGAUUUUCAAGGGUGAAAAGGAGUCCUAUGAGAGGAGCAUAACGCACCCCUUCCUCGGGGACUACAUCCGCCUGCGUCAAAAUUCUCAAUGGCGUCGGAUGGACUCGAGCCCCAUCGUGUUUGCCGAUUUAAUAAACAAAGUCGCCAGGAGCAGUGGGAAGCUCAUCCCCACAGUCCUCGUAACCACGACAACCGCCAUCCUCCUUCUGGACCCCCGCACGCUCUCGAUAAAAUACAAAAUCCACCCAAAUUCCUUAAAACAAAUCACCAUGUCAACGCUGAACGACGAUUUCUGCGUGUUUCAAAUCGAUCAUAGUGACGAGGAGGUUGCCAUGGAAACCAUGCCGAGAAAUAGCUGCAUUUGUUCGAAUAAUUUAAAUUCAGGAGAUAAAGUUGAUUACGAUGGAAACAACACGGGAGGGGAUCUGAUUUUUCAUACGUGCCAUUUAAUCGAAAUGGUCACGAAGAUUGUGCUCGUUUGUGGGAAUUUUUGCAGGAAUUUCGGGAAUCAUUCGUUGAAUAAUUGCCAUGGAGAGAAGUUGGGGGCCGAGAUGUUGAGGGUCGUUUUUUCCAAUGAGUUCCUCGCCACCUUCCACUCCACCCCCACAACGAUAAAGUUCAUCCCCCAGACAAUAAAAACCCUGGAAUUAAUCCCCCCCAAUCAAGUAAAAAUAAAGAAGAAAAUAAAUAAAAUGGAAUUUUGGUUGUAACCAUGGAAAAAAAUUCAAAGUCAAAAUAAAACACUUCCAUAAAUUUUA